UCAAAGCAGAGCUUAAAACAAACCGAAUAUAGAUUCACGUGUGAUGUUUGGGAGUAAAGAGGAGGGAGGGGGCGUCACAGAGACUUCGGGAGGCACCGUUUCUUAAAGAGAGACGUCGGUGCAGCGGACACUUAAGUUACAAGAUGAAGCUGACUGUAACAGAUCUGAUGUGUCUGUCCCUUCUUUUGGUUCACACUCAUGUUUCGUUGGCCACGAAAAAAGGAGGGUUCGGUGGGAAAAUAAGUCUCUUUAAGAAGACCCCCAAGAAGACAGAUAAUCUGGACCAAAGGUCCAAGGGCGGAACCCAAAAACAACCUGAACAGUUCAACCCUCAGCAACCAGACCGACCAGGGAGUUACCCUAAUCAAGGAGGUUACCCUAAUCAGGGAGGUUACCCCAAUCAGGGAAGUCACCCUCAGCAACCAGGCCAACCAGGAGGUUACCCUAAUCAAGGAGGUUACCCUAAUCAGGGAGGUUACCCCAAUCAGGGAAGUCACCCUCAGCAACCAGGCCAACCAGGGGGGUACCCUAAUCAAGGAGGUUACCCUAAUCAAGGAAGCUACCCUAAUCAUGGAGGUUACCCCAAUCAGGGAAGUCACCCUCAGCAACCAGGCCAACCAGGGGGGUACCCUAAUCAAGGAGGUUACCCUAAUCAAGGAGGUAACCCUAAUCAGGGAGGUUACCCCAAUCAGGGAAGUCACCCUCAGCAACCAGGCCAACCAGGGGGUUACCCUAAUCAAGCGGGUUACCCUAAUCAGGGAGGUUACCCUAAUCAAGGAAGCUACCCUAAUCAUGGAAGCUACCCUAAUCAAGGAGUCAGACCAGGAUUCCCAGCUGGAGGUUACCCAGCACAGGGCUCCCCAUACGGAGGAGGUUAUGGUGGGCAUGGCGGAUAUGGAGGUUAUCCAGGUGGCUACAUCAACUACAACCCGAACAACAGAGUCCUGAGCCCUUACUACGGGGGCAGCUUUGGCUAUGGGGGCCACGGUGCUCGGGGCGGCUCUCCCUUUUCCCAUUCGGUUCAGGCAAUGGGCAUGCAACCCUCCGACAAAUCCAGAGGGUUUGGACGCAGGUACGGCAGAGACUACAGGUACAGUCAACCCCCUGUAACCUACGACAGCUACAUGGACGCCUGCAUGAAGAGGACCGACGUUCUGCCGGCAGAGAAUCGAAAACCGAACAACAACCUGACUGCUACUACAACGACUGCGACCACAACUACAAUUACAACCACUACUUCUGUAACUAACACAACUGCUUCUGCUGCUCCAGGCGCUGACCUCAGCAAGAACACAACAAAGACCAACGGUACUGCAGCAGAAAACUCCUCGACCUCCGCACCUUCAACUCCGCGCCCUCUAAAUGAGUCUGAAGCCAACCCGGUGCCUCCAGCUUCACGGGUUCUCAGACAAACUGCUACUGGUGACGACGACAAUGAUGACGAUACAGUCACCAUCGUGGAGAUCGGCUACCCGGCUCUGAUCGAGCAGAUGAAGGCCAGGAGGUGUGUGGGGCUGUACAUGGUCUACUCUGAAAAGUACCUGAAGAAAACGACGGAGCCCAGCCCCACCGAUGGAGUGCAGGGACUGGAGAUUGGUUUGGGAGGCCUAUUAGCUGCGGUCACCAGUUCUACACUGAUGCUACUGAAUAGCAACAUAAUGCUGCUGCACUGAGUCCUUCACCUAGAGUUAAAGUGAUGGAGAAGUAUAGAAAUGAGGUGGACAACAAAUAAUGUGUUAAAUAUACUAAGUACACGGCGUGGCUCUUGGGGGGAAAGUGGCAGUGAGAUGAAUCUUAAUGACACAAGGCCAACAUUUGUGAUUCCGAGAAAUAUAUCUUGAUGAGUUUUGGGUCGAUUGCCAUGAUGAAUUGCAAGAACUUUGGUGAUCUCCAGACUUUUUGUCUUGUGCCAUCGUCUUGUGUUUUGUUCUUGAUACAUGACCGAAUACUUUUAAAACGAAUGACAUCAGUCUCUUCUGAAUGCACACUUUUUCGCAUGGAAACACUAAACUAAGAUGGUGAACAUACAGAUCUAGAGAAAUAUGCAUGAGGUCACAAGAGGGUGGCACGGAGAAAUAUAUAUUCUAUAAAUGGAUUUAAUUUGAAACAAUUAUACAUAUAUUAAAAAUUGUUUGGGAAAAGCCCACAGACAAAGAUAUUUCAACUUAGAAAUAUGACAUUAUUGUGAGACACGAGUAAAACAGUAAAUAAAAUACCAAAAUAUGUCAAUAUAUCUCCCCUCUCUGGAGUAAAAUGCACCAAUGACAUCCGAUGGGAAGUAAAAUCAAAGUUAAUUUAGUUGUAUUCUCUGUGAAAAUAUUGCUAUUGUCCUGUGUUGGGUAUAAGAGUAGUAAAACUAUCUAUUAAGAAAUAUAAGAAAGCCACUGUAAUGAUUAUGGGUUCACCGAAUAAGUUUUUCAAUGGACACCAGUUUGCGUCGGCUGUGUUCAAGAGCGAAUGUAUUAGUGCACCAAGCUUUCUUCUAAAGCAACCACAGCUGAGCAGCGACUUCUUCUGCUUUUCAGAAUAACACACAAAGCAGCCAACGAGCAGCUGAGAGCUGCUGAGUUAAACAGCAAGCGGCUGAAAGGUUUACUUUCGUCUGCAUCGUGUUGUAGGUCUCCUUUUACAGACAACAUUAAAAACUGGCAUCAUGUGUAAGGAAACUCUAACAGCCUUUGGUUUGUGUUUGUGUUUUCUGAGGGGCACUGCUAAUUCGAGCAUGAAGCAUUUAGAUCUUUUAUGUAAACACACAUCGUAUGGUCCCCCUUUCAGAAUAAUAAAUAACAAUAACAUGCAGGCAGCAGUUUAAUGUUUAAUCAGAAUCUUACACUAUAUCAUACUGUCUUGCAUCCCAUGUUAUAAAAAUGUCCUAUGUUUUAUGUCUUAAUUUGCAAUGCAACAGGUUUUAUUUUCAUUUCCACAUAAAGGUGGUGUUCAAAGUGUCCUGAAAUGUGAAGGAUACGUAGAUUA